AUGACUGUCCACGGUAUCGAGUCUGAGCCAGUUGGCACAUUCCCUCCCUCCGGCAUUGAUGUGAUUGUUGUCGGUACUGGUCUUGCUGGUCUCACCGCUGCCAUCGAGUGUAUCCGCAAAGGCCACAAUGUCCGCGUGCUCGAGCGCAAUGCCUCCAUUAACACCCUUGGUGACAUGUACUUCAUGGGUCUCCCAGCAACCCGCUUCUUCAAGCACUGGCCGGAGAUGAAGGACGAGUACGACUCCAUUGGCCUGCACAAUGCCUGGAUCGAGACCUUCAAGCACUCUGGAGAGCUCAUUGUCAAGCCUCUUUACGUCGCCGAGCGCCUGAAGGCUGCUGGUUUGGACCCGAAGACGCCACCCGGCACUUUCCAGCUUCGUCCGCUCAUCUACCGCAUGUUCGUCAAGCAGGUCGAACGUCUAGGUGUAAAGAUCGAGUUCAACAGCCGUGUCGUCGAUUAUUACGAGGACAAGGAGAAGGGCAAGGGUGGCUGCAUUACGCAGGACGGCAAGAAGUACGAGGCUGAUAUUGUGAUCGCGGCUGAUGGCGUGGGCUCGAAGUCGCAGCGCCUCGUUGGUGGUCAGGUCCGGGCUAGGUCAAGUGGGCGUGCUAUGUGGCGUGCUGCUUUCCCGGUUGAGAACCUUGACAAGGACCCAGAGGUCAAGAAGCACUACACCAUGAUUGGCCCGGACAACAGCGAGCCCAUUGUGCGGACCUACCUUGGUCCAGGCACCUACGCCAUGACCUUGACUCGCCCGGAGACCAUGAUCUGGAUCAUCAACCAUAACGCCACCGGCUCAUCCGCCGAGAACUGGAGCAACACAAUCGAGCCGCAGGAGGUCCUUGAUGAGAUGGACAAAGGCGUUGGUCCCAAGCCAUGGUCGGAGAUGAUGAAGCGUCUGAUCGCUUGUACUCCUGAGAAGACCAUUGUUAACUUUGAGCUACUGUGGCGUGACCCUCAGCCGAGCUGGAAGUCGCCCGACUGCCGUGUCGUCCAGAUUGGUGACGCUGCACACAGCUUCUUGCCCGCCUCGGGUAAUGGUGCCACUCAGGCCAUUGAGGACGCUGUCUCCAUCGCUUCCUGCAUCCACCUUUGCGGUGGCAAGGAGAACAUUCCGGAGGCCGUUGAUGCGCACAUUCGAUUCCGCUUUAUCCGAAACGCUUGCGCCCAGAAAGUCGGCUUCACCAACGCCGAGCUUCUGCAAGACACCGACUGGGACAAGGUCAAGAUUGACCCGCGCCGUGCGCAGCCACGGCACCCGAAAUGGGUGUGGGAGCACGACCCAGAGCCGUACACGUACGAGAACUACGCCAAGAAUGUGGAGGCGAUGAAGAAGGGCAUCAGCUUUGAUGAGUCUGAUGUUCCCCCGAACUACCCUCCGGGCUACAAGUUCAAGCCUUGGACCAUUGAUGAGAUUAUGGAGACGAUGAAGGCUGGCAAGCCGGUCGAGCUUGGGCCCGGUAACUGGGACUAAGCGUCGUAUGAUCGGCGAACGGAGGGACGAGCGUGGCGCUAUGAGGUGUGAUGAAGGGAUAAUGGACGUGCUUGACUUGCGUGUGAUACCGUACGAAUGAUUGGGAUAUUCAGGCAUAGCGAAGAAUUAUAACCGAGAUACACAACUCCGCUUCAGGAUCUAUUGACAUGAGCCUUUCCGCCAUUGUAUAGCAUGUCUGACGUCUGCUCCGUUUCGAUGCCCCGAAUUUGCCUGUGAAAGUCAUGGUUCGCUUCGUGUCAUCGGCAUCUAUUGGGCGACGCCAAAAAAGCGCCAACAAUCCCACUAUGGCCACCCCUUUAGCCACAGUUACAAGACUGAGUAGAUUGAAUCAUCAGAGCGGCCGGAAUCGAACCGAACAUGGACUCCAGUCACAGCCAUUCCCCGAAGGGCGGACUAAUAUCAUGGUGCUUUAACCUUUAAGCUACACUCUGUCGGCCGACCCCAUAAACG